CUCCGUUUUCGUGCUUUUCGUUGUUUGGAUGCCAAGAAAAUUUUUUCUCAGGGUGCGGGAAAGUGAACACUCUGAUUCAGUGGAGCACGUUUUCGCUGCUUUUCAGCGGAAAUCUGAGAGAUAUAUACGCACAUAUAUAGAGAGAUAGAGAGGGGGAGAAUUCACAAUGGGUUGUUUACAUCUCCACGUUUCUCUCUACUAGAUUCGCUCUCUGAUCGCCGCGGCUAUCCUUAUGUGAUUCGAUUAGGGUAGAUCUUCCUGGAAAAUCCAAAUUUUCUUUCUUUAUUUUCUUUUUUAUCCUCGAUUUUUGAAGAAUUUCAUCUCCAACUUGAACGGAUCGUUCCUAUUUUCUAGCUGAUUUCUCUCUCUCCCUCUCUCUCUCGUUUGAUCUCUAAAUGCAAUUCAUCUCCGGUUUCUCUGUUUAAAUCGUGACCAUUUUUCUUCAUCGAUUGUUAUUAGGGUUGCGGGAAAAAACAAAUUCCAUUACCAGUCCUUUUUUGGUUUGCUUUUUUUCUUUCUCCAGCUUCUCCUGUUUUCAGUUUACUUUCUAAUUUGGUAUCCUCUUCGAAUUUCGAGUGAAUUUCCGAAGCAGCCACUAGGGUUUUCAUCUCGAAUCCCCGCGAUCGGCGUUUUCUGAAGCUUCUGACAUAAUCGAAGCUGUAAGGAGUUUAACAUUGUAGUUUCAGAUUCUGUUCUUGCCACCAUCGUUGAGAUUCAGCGAACAAUACUGAGUUUUUUUUUCGGCUGAUUUGGUGAUGGUUGGUGCUCGAUUCAUUGAGGCUUGGUAAGUCGCUCCGUGGAUGCUCUUCCUCUUCAUCGUGGAAUUUAGAUAAUUGAAUCUUGGCGUUACCCUCUUAAUAUUGGAUGCCUAAAGGUCGCCGUGAUUCUGGAUCAGGCGAAGACAGCGGCGGUAGUAGUAGCAGGGGACAAGGAAAUUACUUGAAGAAAGGACCUUGGACAACGGAUGAAGACGCGAUUCUGUUAGAAUAUGUACAAGAACACGGUGAAGGAAACUGGAAUGCUGUUCAAAAGCACUCUGGACUUUCUCGGUGCGGGAAAAGCUGCCGCCUCCGUUGGGUAAAUCAUCUGAGGCCAGAUUUGAGGAAGGGCGCUUUUACCCAUGAAGAAGAGCGGCGAGUCAUUGAACUCCAUGCUCUUAUGGGUAAUAAGUGGGCUCGCAUGGCAGCAGAGUUGCCUGGGCGAACGGACAAUGAAAUAAAAAAUUUCUGGAACACAAGACUCAAAAGACUGCAGCGAGCUGGCUUACCGAUUUACCCCGACGAAGUUCGCCAACAAGUGUUGACUGCAGCUCAAAAUGGUCAAAACGUUGAUGCAUUGGCUAGUGACGAUGCUCAAGGCCAAGAUCUGGUGAGGUCAGACGGUAGCAUGGAUAUCCCGGAAAUAACAUUCAACAAAUUAGGGCUCAAUUCAAAUUUAGUAUCAUACCCGUCAGUGCCUCCUAGCACCAGAAUGAUAGAAGGUAACAUUGUUGAUUCAUUCGGCUUGAUACCACCCACAUCCAUGCCGACAUCCAUGCCGACAUGCCACUGGGAACCAGAAACUCUCUUUACUGGAAUGGAUGGUUAUGUCACCAAUGAACCCGAGUUCAAUUUCUAUAACUGUCCUUACGAUAGGAUGGGAGGGGAUGAUCCCUUCAGGAUGAACCUCUCCUCCUACCCGUAUUUUCAGAGCACCCUGGAACAGUCGUCCCAGUUUAACGUUCUACCCGAUAGCCAUCUGCCUGGCUGUUCUUCUUCUUCUUCCGCUCCCUUCGCAGACGGGGGCAAGGAGUUGGAGCUCCCUUCCAUCCAAUAUGUUGACAACACUCAAAACGCUUGCAUCUGGGAAGACAACACUUCUGACCUGAUGCCACCUCUUGAGUCAGUCGACACUUUGAUCCAAUCCCCUCUUACGGAUCAUCACACUCUGUCGGAUUGCCCGCCUUCGCAGAACAACGGCCUGUUAGAGUCAGUUCUCUAUCAAUCUCAGAUGUUGAGUGGCUCCAUGAAAGCCGUGGAUUCAUCGGGGAUGAGAGAGGUGAAAGAUACCGACUCAGUCUCGGUCUCCCCCUUUCUUCAGUCUUCUUCGUCAAUCAUCAGUCAGUUUACUCCCAUCAGUGCAAGCUCAUCAGGAUGCAACUCAUGGCUCGAGCGGAGCGGGGGGACUAAGCCUCAGCAAGAAUCAAACAAGAGGCACAAAUCCUUUCAUGGAGACAUGAUAGGUAAACUUCUGGGCGAGGACAAGUACGGCUGCUGAACAGAAGACAGAGACUCGUCCCCAUUUUUUGUUUCAGUCACCUUCUUUCUUUCGUGGAGACGUUCUCUUUUUCAGAAUCUUUGCGGUUUCUGGGUACGUGAGUUUUGAGUAGAGUAUGUGAACCGUAUACAUAUAGGUAAAAUAAACGCUACAAAAAUAAAAAAUAAAAACAAAAAUUCAGCAAUUCUUUUGUGCGUCAUCUG